AGCUCUGAGGAGUGAUCCCAUUGCUUGUUUUGUAUCGUAGCCCAAUAGCUCCAGCUGCAGUGUCAGUACCUGUUACCCGAGCUAUGCUCCGGUCCAAAUGCAGCCUGUGUACAGUUUUCCAAGCUGUUUUCCAGCUGCCCCUCUCCCUGCUGCCAUCAGGCAGUUCCUGUCAGCCCUGGCCCCGCUCCCUCCUUCCCUCUGCAGGAACUGCCGUGGCUCCGAGGGCUGAGCCAAGGCUGAGCUCUGGCUGAGCAGGCUGGGGACAGGCACUAGGUGGCAUCAGGAGAAGGCAAAAAGCUGCUUCUGAGAGAGGCCUUUGGGGCUUGUUGAGAGAGAAAAGGAAGGAGCAGACUUCAGCAAAGGUUGGGGUUGAGCUUUACCAUAAUUGUGACCCUACAAACAGCAUUGGUGGUGCAGCCAAUGUGUGCCCAGAGCGAGGGACUUGUGGGGUCAGUACCAGCCCUCCUCUGUCUCCCCUUUCUGAUGAGACUUGUCAAUUCUUUCCCAGGGCCCCCUUCUACCCCCAGUAUCAGUACAGCUUCUUGGAGCUCCUAAGGGUUUGCAAAGCAUUGCUGAGAUGCAGAGCUGAGUCUGGAUCUCCUCUGUGUUCUUGUGCUGGGAAUUUUACAGCCGUUAUGUCUCUCCCAUUGUCUGGGUAACUGUCUCCUUUCUCUCACAGCUACCGAGUCCUUUGGGCUAACGAGGCAUUUUCAUUGCUCGAUGUAGUAUUUUUAUAAAGAUCAGAUCAGUAAUGGUUGUAGCUCCUCCUGUUCAAAUCCCUGUGGGACCUGAACCCCCUUCAGCCCUUCAUCCCUGAUGGAAAACUAGCUCUGGCACUUUCCCCUGGAACGGGAAUCGAGACCAGGACUGUAGUGCAGGAAGGCCUUAGAGCAGCAGCCAACUAUUAACAAGUUCAAACCUUUCACCCAACCCUGGUGACUACAACAAUGCCCAGGAGGAAAGAGCUUCCUCAAAACCUGGCCUCCACUCAGCUAAUUACUCCUUCUGGUUCUUUGAGCUCUCUCCAAAUGUGUAAGUUCAGCAAGUAGCCAGUGGUGAGAGCAGGAAGACAAGGCUGUUUCCCGUCCAAGUCACACACGCUCCAUCCACAGGGUCCCGUAUGCAGUUCCUGAGCCGUUCCAAGGCACUGCUCUCCACAGGCAGGGCUGUUCACAAGCGAAGAGCCACAGGGAUGAUGUUUGUCUAGACAUGCUGCAGUCAUGUUCCAGCGUCUCACUGAGCCAGGAGCACAUGGACAGGGAUAGGCUCUGUCCCAGGAACGUGCAGUGUUGUGUCAGUGAGAGCAGGUGGAGACAAGCGAGGGAGCGGAGCCUGACGGGCUUCAGCACAUCCAUUGCUGGAGUCUCUUGGCACCUCUUGAACUGUGUCAGACUCUCUGCUCUGCUUUUACUCGUUGAACUAACUCGAUUUUUGGACAUUCAGAAAAGAGCUUUGUAAAAUUGAGAGAAAUCUCCUGCCUGUACCUCCCGAGCCCUCUCAGUCAGUUAAUUGGCAUGAGUGUGGUAUUCAAACAGAGCUAAUGUUAUCCAGGCCUGGCUGAAUUAUUGAUGGGGCUGAGAGCUGGAGCAAGAGACUGCUGAGGGAGGAAUGACAUUCAUCUUUCAUCAGAACAGCAGCCUCGGUAAGCAGGCAGUCAAAAAAGUAUUAACAAGUGCCACCAAGUUUGGGGAGAGGAAAGUUCCCUUGAUAACACAGUGGGGCAAGAAGAGGGAAAAGUGUGGACAGCGUGAAGCAGCAGCUCAGGUCUAGCAAAAGAGUCAGACAAAAGGCUGUUAAAAAGUAAGAUGAGGAAUUUAACCAAGGUAAAUACUGAGAAGUCUGAGGGAAUGCUGUUUCCUAGUCAUGUUUAGGAUGGAGUUAAGCGCUUUUCAAAUGUGCAGAAGCUGGGGAACUGUAGCCAGGGAGUCGCAGUUGCAGCACAGUGAGGUGUGAGGCACGUGAAGAUGGGUGGGUUAUUGCAAAUGUUGGGCAUCUCAGUGCAGGCCUUUCAAGGGCACCAGCUCCUGGCUAAUGGGGCUUGAAGUGCCGAGGGUGGUGGGGCAGGGACCCCACAGGUGCCCUGCAGCAGGAGCUGCCCUCUCCUUGGUACUGAAGGGCUGGGCAUGUCCAGCGAGGAUUUGCUUAACAAAGCUACUUCUGUGUGCCAGGGCUAAGGCAAGAUGGUGCAUGUGAUGACACUGGGGGUGUUUCACCCCCUUCAGCUGUGGGACAGCAGUAACCAGAACCCCAGCCUGCCUGCAAUUCCUGCUCAAGGCUGUCCCAGUCCAGUGGUCCCUUCUGUGGUGCUGACAGUGUCACAGGCCCGGGUGUCAACAUCCCUGGUGGGCUCUCAAUCCUGCCACCAGAGGCACAACUGGUGUAACAGAGGUCAGUCCAUGGCAGUAGCAGUAACCCCAGCCUGAAAUGACUCCAGGCUGGAGCCAGGCAACAGAUUUACACUGGGAAACAGGUACUUUGAAAUAGGGUUUCAUAGUGAUCAGUUAUUUUCGAAGGAAGACUUUGGUGGAAUAGCUGAAUGCUUAACUUCACAUGCAGUUAAAUCAUAGAACCAUAGAAUGUUAAGGGGUUGGAAUGGACCUGGAGGAUCAACCAGUCCCAAUCCCCCCUGCCAUGGGCAGGGGCACCUCACACUAGACCAGAUUGCUGAGGCCUUGUCCAACAUGGCUUUGAACACUGCCAGGGUUGUGGCAUCCACAGCCUCCCUGGGCAGCCUGUUCCAGCGUCUCACCACCCUCACAGUAAAAAAAUUUCUUCCCAAUAAAUAUCUAACCUAAAUUUCCCUUCUUUCAGUUUCUACAAAAGGCUUUGAGCCACUGAGGCAUUUUGCUCGCCCUCCCCUCACCCUCCUGGGUCCCUUUGGGGUCGGCAGACAGAGGAUGUGGCACAGCUCCCCUUCCCCAGAGAGCUGGAGCAGCCCUGCAGUCGUGUGUGCUGUGAGAGCAGCAUCCCUGGGGCCCUCCCCUCCUCCUCCUGCACCUGCUCCGAGCUCUGAGCGGGGACGAGGCUCCAGCCCACGCUCCCACAGCCUCUUCCCUGGGUUUGUUAGAUGAGUGCCAAUGCAAAGCCAAGGCUGGAACAGCCACCUGCACGCCCCUCCAGGGCCCUGGGGAGCACAGUGCCAGGGAAUGCUGCCUGAGAAAUGAGCUGUGAUUUCAGGCCCGUGAACAAAUUGGUUUCCCCUUCCAGGAAGGCUCACGACUGUCAGCUGACUACUGCUUUAUUUAUUGCACUGGCCUUUGCAAGGAGGGACUCUCGAGGGCAGAGAGCAAGGAUUCCAAUGACAGGAAGGUACUGGAACCCUUCCUUCAGCUGCAGCUGAGGGCCUCACCUUUGGGAACCUUUCAGGAAGCCUGACGUGGUUCUGCUACGUGCUUCAAGACAUGGUGACCUGAGCCCAGAGCAGGCAGCAAAGGGGUAGAAGGCAGAAAACAUCCAGGCCAUAUAGGAGAGCAACUGAGAAAUAACCUCAUUCCUUAGUGUGGCAUUUGGUGCCAGACACAGUCAUAGUUUCUGUGUUCCAGCAGUGCCCUGUCCCUGCUGCUGCACAGACUCACUGAGGAGAGGUCAGGGACCUCUUUCUUGAAUGACAGAACCUCUCCCAGUGCAGCCUUAAUCACAAACAGAUGGAGGUUGUCUCGUGUGCUCGUGGAAACAUAUUCUGCUGUGCUCCUGGACCCACUGUGCAUCCCUGCUGGAGCCACAGGAACUGUUGGACAAAAUCCUGGGAGAGCCAGGCCUUUUCAAGUUCCUGAUAUGCAGGAAUUCCUUCUGGAGCAUCCCCACCCUGCCAGGCUCCCAGGGAUGUGUUCAAAGGCAUUCUGAUUUCAGGCAGAUCCACCCUCCCUGUGAAGUGGCACAGACCCACUCAGGCCAUGUGCAGCUGGGGGCAGGAGAGCAUCAAGGAACACGACUUCCAAAGGGGUGAGUCAGAUAACAGGGAGAAAGUGGUGAGAGGAAAAAAUUGUCAGAAAUGUUUAUUGUUCCAAGGGAAGUCCUUUACCCUUUCCUGUACAGGGUGAUCAGCAUUUAAGGGUUGGCAAAAAAAAAGAAAUAAUAAUAAUUGGGGCCUUCUUAAAGGUCAGACAGCCAAUGCACAUGGGAUAGGCACAGUAGGAAGUAUGAACAAUCCUGGUGCUGUAUGUUGAGCUCUAUCCAGUUACGAAAAAGAACAGAUUUUACCACCACAGAGUUAUUUUACUUCCUUUGGAGAAGGAGAUGGUGCUAUAGCCUGUUGGGGGGGGGUGGUCAGAAGGGUCUGCAAAGGGACCAGAGGAUAGACUAACUAGGGGAAGCAGCAGAGGGAAUGUGGGGAAAGGGAAGGGCACUAGGGAAGAUGGAGGAACCUGGAAAAGAGGUGUCUGAUACUGAGAGAUGCUGUAGCAGAGCCCAGAGGAAACGUUUGGAUUUAGAGAUCCAGUCCUACUGUGGGCACUGGAGUGUAAGUGCUCUGACGUGUCCCUGUUCCCUCCCUGCCAGCUGGGAAGAGACACCCAGCCUUGCCCAGGCUAGACACAGGUUUUGGCUGGGCUGUGCUUGUCAGCGGGGCCACAGGUUUGGUGCUGGUAUAUCUGGGCAGGAGCUGUCUCCAAAGUCACCCCUGCUCAGGAGGUAACAGUUAUUUUAUUACUGCCCUUUAGUCCCAGGGCAGAUUCCGGGCAGCCUGGUUGCCAUUUACAUCCCUGUGGGCCUCCCCAGCAGCUGAUCUUUUCUGGUAGGAGCAUUGUCACACUUGUGACCCCAGUCUGUCAGUGGAGCAUUAUAGACAUCAGCCCCUUCCAGAGGGAAGCUGCAGACAGAGCUGUGUUUAUUGGAACAGCAGCGUGGGCAGAGCAGAUGGCCCCAGCAUGGAGACCCGCCCGCACUGCCCCUGCUGUCUGCUUGGCUUUGGGGCCAGUGGGCCCACGAGGGCGAGUCCUGCCUCACAGCCCCAGUGCAGGACUCACCUGUCAGCCCCAGCACAUCUCACGCUCCCAGGACCUGCCCUUCCUUCCCCUUGAGCAGCCAAGUGUGUUUUGUCCAUGUGCUCCUCUCCGGGUUUGCCUCUCCCGGAGCAGAUCGGCCGCGGGUCAUUUGGCAGGUCCCUGUGGUUUCUCUGCCUGCUGGAGCUUCCCUGCUCUGCCUCAGCCCAGGGCUGCAGGGAAGUGUUUGACAGAAUCCAUUACACCGCCACUCUGAUAAAGCAGCCAGAUCAGGUUCAAAGGAAACAGAUAAUGUUUCAUCUGGAAGUGGUGCAUGGAAGCCACCUCUCACUUGGGGAGGGUGAGAAAUGAGGAGGUUACAAAGUUCUCCACAGAAAAUUCAUUUCCAGAAAUUGCUAGAUUGUUACUUUCCCCCCACAAGGCUCUGUGAGUCAGAAAAGGGUUUUUCUGUCUCUCAGUGAGGGAAUGCAGCAUUUAUUUUACAGCGUGCAUGGAAGUGGUGGCAUCUUUUCCCUCCAGAGCUGGUGUAACUGGCACUGGGAGCUGGGUUAUCUGCAGGCAGAGUUCCAUCAUGCUGUUUCCAGGAUCUGUAAUGCUGGUAAGAGGGAGAAAUGGGGAACAGGUUUUUCUGCCUUCUGUUCUUAGUUCUGCCACAGCAUCCCCUGGCCAAGUCACCUCCCUGUGGGGUUUUUUUUAAUGUGCUAAAUUAGGAUAACAAUUUACCUUUUGACUGUCUAUUGUUGUUAGGGUCAGGGGAAGACUUGCCUGAGGCGAGUGCUCCUGGAGAAAGGGCUGGUGGUGAGCUGAGAUCGUCUCACAGGCUGUAACAGUGAUGGGGACAAUGCAGAUGGCAGUGCUUAACAGCACUUUCUGCUGGCCCAGGGACCAGUCCCACUGGUGGGACAGCUCUUGGGGCAAGGAAGAAGCAUUAUUGACUGCUGACCAGGAGUGGUAGGAACACACUCCAAGCAGCCUGUGGUCAGUGCCAGCAGAGCAUGAGCCUUUUUAAGCCUCUCAGGGCAGAGCAGCUCCGGCUCUGACCAGCCUUUCAGUACUUUGUUUUUAACACAUUUACACCCGGCAUCUCCAGUGCUGACCUACACUCCUGGGACAGGUUCAAGAGGGAUUGAAGCAACACUAGGAACAAGACCCCACAACCCCCAGCUGGCUUCCAGGUGGUCUGACGUGCAUUCUCCAGACAGAGGACAUAACUGCACAGCUGCAGCUCUGUCCCCAUGCUACCCUACAGGGAGAGCCAGGAGUGUCAGCAUUCCGAGGUGAGAUGCACUGCUGGAUGUCAGAGACCCACAUCCAAAUACCCUGGAAGUCUGGAGCUGUUUGGACACACCAGCUGAGGGUCCAAGCCCACAUUUAAGUACUGCUGGCCAGAAGUUUUACGUCUUCCCUCUGAAUCAUCCAGGUUCUGUGCAAGCUGGUGGCCUCUUCCACCCAACAUUAUUUCCCAAACAGAAUCCAGCUGACUGGGAAGAGGCACAGAGAGUGCCCACAAUUUCUUGGAGUGAAGAAACAGCAUGUUACUGGAGUGUCCCAAGCCUUUGCUUCCUCAAUCUCUGCAGGUCUGGCACAUGGAGAGCCCAGAGGCACUGAAGUAUCCCACUCAAGCAGCCAAGUGUUAACAACCUCUCCAAAGUCUAAUUUGCCUUUGAUAUAGACUUAAUUGUUUGCGUCACCCACUGGGCUGGGGGAGGGCUAUAAAAGGGGCUGCAGCCAUUGUCUGAGGCAGAAGAGAGCCCAGGAGCAGCUCCCUCUCCCAGUCUUCCUCAUUCAGCACCAGUCCCAGCCUGUGCAUCAUGCAGCUGGUGGCCAGCCUGGUGUCCGUGCUGCUGCUGGUGUGGAGUGUGAGAGCCACGGCACUGCCUGGAGAGGAGAGACUGGCCAUCCAGAGCACCAGGGAACAGAGCACAGUGCGGAAGGACGCCAUCCUGAAGAUGCUGGCGGGCCUGCUGGACAGCGUGGACGUGGGGCGCGAGGUGGCCGCCCCGGACCUGGAGGAGGAGGGCAAGCUGGAGGAGGAGCGGGCGGUGCUGGGCCGGCUCGCCCAGCUCUCGCAGCGGGAGCGCAAGGCGCCCUGCAAGAACUUCUUCUGGAAAACCUUCACCUCCUGCUAGUGCUGCCUGGCCUGGCCCUGCCAGCCUGCAAACGCCCUCCCCACUCCUUGUCUUCCUUGUCGCCCCCAGCUCCCCUGCUGUGCCCUCCACCCCUCAGAAUAAA